UCCAUUCACGAAUGUCCCAUCACAUCACUACAGACCGAAGCCGAAUCUGCCAAUAUCCAGGACAGGACGAAAAUAGGGCUCAACGGCCCAACGUUCUUACUCGUCCGAAGCAUCAGCAAUAAUCUAGAACCCCUGGAAUUACCAGGCCACAAUGUGAAGGUGCUCAAGUACAUUCUCGAGAACGAGUUAGAGUAUCCAG